GUACAGUUUUUUGUGUGCGUGGUACUUUGUGGCUUUGUGCCUCGUCGGAACCUAAACGCAUCGGAACAGAAUCUGUUGUCAAGAGAAACGUUGCUAACCUUCCACCACGGGGUAACUUCAAAGUGGAGAUGUUUGGCUACAUCUGGCAGUAUGUCUACACCUUUUACCUGAGGUACUGGUUGAAGUGGCUCAUCAGGCAGGUGACGGGGACCUGCGAACUGCAGAGAAUAUGCUCCGGCUACAAAGCAGGCGCCUUACGGACCGCAAAAGCUGAAUACUCUCUGCAGUCAUCAAAGAACAAGGUGUUAAGAGGAGCUUUGGAAGCUAAAAAAAGUAAUUUGGAGCAAUGUGUGGACCAAAUAAUGAAAGAGAAGAACGUUAAGCUGCAAAAAGAUCCGCUGUUUAAGGGAAAUCUGCAGAUAUGUUUGCUCCAGAUAACGGGCUACAGAAGCUUGUAUGUGUCGGUGGAAGACUUGAGGAAGGAACCCUUUAGCUCAGAGAACCCCGAGCAUGAGACCAUGCUUCUAAAGCUAUGGGAUCUGUUGAUGCCAAGCGUCAAACUGGAAUCUAGAGUAACCAAGCAGUGGGGAGACAUUGGUUUCCAGGGCGAUGACCCUAAGACUGACUUCAGAGGAAUGGGUUUACUGGGUCUGAUCAACCUUGUGUUUUUCAGUGAAAAUUACACAAAGGAAGCUCGUCAGGCUUUGUCCCAUGCAAAUCAUCCCAAGUUAGGGUAUUCCUAUGCCAUAGUGGGGAUAAACCUGACAGAGAUGGCCUACAGCCUUCUGAAGAGCGGUGCUUUGAAGCCACAUUUCUACAACACAGUGCAGGGCCCGCCGGAGCUCAGACACUUCCAUCAGCUCUACUGUUUUUUGGCGUACGAGUUCGAUAAAUUCUGGGUGGCGGAAGAACCUGAGAGCAUCAUGCAUUUCAACCAGUACAGGGAGAAGUUUCACGACUCAGUCAAGGCUCAUCUACAAGAGCCGGACGUGGAUCUGACACUGGCUGUCAGUUCACAUUAGCACGUUGGACCUUCUUCUCCCCUGUCAGGGUUUUUUUUUUUUAUUUGCUUAGAAGGAAGCGUUCUAAUGUUCAUGGGGAGAUUGAGAUGUGGAAACAAACGAAAACUGCCCUUGUUCAAACAAACAAGUCCCCUUUUUCCUGGGAUAAAGUUUCCCAUUUUACACGUGGAGUUCUUUUUUUUUUUUUUUUACAGUGCUUGUGAACGUUGUACCUUAAAAAUGACCAUUCCAGUGGUUCGUUGGUUAAAUUAGAAGCUGGUGGUUAAUUAUUCCUUAACUUCUAAGCACUUUUAGUGAUCAAAGUUUUCCAUUGUGACAGAAAUGUUGUUGUCCUGCUCAGGUACUACAGAUUUAUGUUUGGAACUCACUAUUGAAGCGUUCCUGCUUCUUUGUGGUGCUCCCCUUUGUUUUUGAAAGUUGUCUGUACUUUAAUAUUUCCCUAAUAUGUGUUGAAGUAAUGUGAAAAUGUUUGUUUUCAAGAAUGGUGUCUGUGUUGAAAGAAGAAAAUGUUCUGGUUUGGAUUUACUUUCGAGGAAUGUUUAUAUUUACACACCGUUCUUGUCAAAGUGAAAUUAAAAAUGAAAACAAGAAA